GCUGGGUUCAGAAAUUUGAGCAACACCUUCGUUGCUGAAACCUUGGGAAAAAAUGCCCAAGGGCAACGUUCUCUCCAAAUGACGAAACGAAUAAAACCAAACCAAAACAAAACAACAAACCUUAAAGACUGUGCCAAACGCGGAUAAUGGCUUAUUUGACAUGUCAGUCAUUGAGUGGUCUACCUUUAUUUAUCAGAAGAAAAGGCGACAUUCCCCCCUUACCGUUUCCGCUGGUGGCCAGCUUAAACGGAGUGUACACCUACACAAAAACCCAAGGGGCCGAACUGGAAAAUACUUGUUCAGAAAACACAUUUGUAGUUUGGAAGGAAUAUCAUGAUACUUAUAUGCUUUGCAUAGUUGCCACAGACACAUCCCUAACGACAGUUCAUUUGAAGCAUAUCCUCGAUCUCGUUUCACACACAAUGGUAUUUUACCUAGGUUUAGAAGAAUUAGUCAAUGUAAAAAACAUUGAAAGGCUGAAAAAAGAUUUGAAGGUGUGUUACCCUUUAAUUGACACCAUUCUUGAUGGAUUAAACCCCAAAGAAGACUUGGAGGAAUUUUGUGAUUUGACAGACUACACAGAUGUGCUUAGCUGCUCUGAGCGAUCAACAUUUGAGGGCAUCCUAAAUUGCUUUGCUGAGAGCGUUGGCACUGUGUUUGGUUGUCUGAGAGUACGUAGUAAAGUUGCAGCAGCAACACCAAACUGGUGGACUCUUGACAGUGUGGAGUUAUUGCAAAUCCAAUUACUCCUGUCAAAUGAGAGGUACGAUACAGGAAUAGACAUUCCAAUUUACCUCCCUGUAAGGAGCCCCAAAAUACCUUUUCGGCUGGUUCAGUGGAAAUUAACUCAAAAUUCGGACGUCUGCCUGCUAUGUGGGCCUACGCCCUCACUUGCCGACUUAGAAAAAGAAGUAAAGCGGUUUUGGCGGACCGCGUUUGCCCUUCUGAAAUCCGCAGAGUCGUGCUACCCAGCCAAUAUCCCUCCUGAUAUUACAUUGGAUAAAAAUGUUCUUUCAUAUUUGGUGAUGAAUACCGAAAAACGGCGAUCCCUUAGCUCACUUUCUCCGCAGACGACGACUGGUGAUGUCCAUUCACACUUGACUUCUGUGCGGAAAAGAGACAUACUCCGAACGUUUUACAAAACUAUUGUCGGAACGAUGAUCGAUUUACCAGGUUCAACUCAAACAGGUUCGGAAGAUUCUUCACAAGUUUCCAAGGAGGUCUUCAUGAAUUUUGAAUAUUAUUCUCUACAUGCCUUAGUAUCAGAUGUAUAUUUGAUACUUGUCCUUUAUCCGUCCGGAUUGCAUAACCAUUACCUAAGGUCCAUCACUCGAACAACUCUGAAAAUACUGACGCACGAAAAGAAUUGCAAGUGGUGAUGUUUUUGAAGAAACAUUUUAAUGUAAUUCAUAGUGCGCAACCAAAACAAUAUAAUCGAUCGAUACAAUCGUAGGGUAGAACAAAGUGUGCACUUUUCUUCCGCAAUCGGGGUACAGCAUUCAAUUCAAUUAAGUUUCGAAUAAAUUGGAAUUUUUUGUUUACGAAGAGAGGUCAAAAAGAAAAGAAAACCUGCUUCAUUUUCUAUUUCAUGCAUCAGCUUAAUUAUUUCGAAGCCAAAGUUCACGAAGCAAGAAGUGAAUGAAACAGAUAGAUAACGAAAACAAUGGGCCACUCUUGAUCACAACCACGGAAACCAUCGAAAUUAAUAGCAAACAAAAAAAAAUUAAAAACAAUUUUUUAAAAGAAGAAAAAAAAAACACGCAAAUUAUCGAUUGUUUCCAAAUCCCAACUAUAAAUUUUUUUCCGCCUUAAUAUACCAAGCUUUCAGGUUCCUGAAAGCAAGAACAUUGGCACCUGCACUUACUCGUUUUUAUACAUUACACGUAUCCGCUCGACUGAUC